GAGUCAACGGUGCAUCUCUGUGCUGCUGUGGCGAGAGACAGAGGCGAGGACAUAGCGACAGGAUCYGCUAACAACACGUCCACAUCUGGAUCAGACGGUCUUCUCGUCCUUCAGCCGCCUUCACCCAUCUUAUUCAGUCAACGCCAUCUGAUUACGCUGACUGGCUCGGAUGCCAGUCACCAACAUUUCGCAGUAAACGAACCUCACACAGAUUUUGAUCAAAGUUAGCUGGCGUUAGCUCGCGCUGCUGCUACCCUUCAAACAUUCAAGCGGCCACAUAAAGAUGCGGAGCAUCGAGGCUGAGAGCCCUGGGGUAUCUUUAAACGCUUCCCGCAGGACACGACCUUCGACUGGCCGCUGACUGGACUCUGCAGAGUCGCUGUGGAGAGGACGGAGAGCGACAGAUCUCAAGGACCAGAUUGUCUGCUGAACUAUUUGCCUCUUGAGUCAGCUCGCCGGGGACCAUGCUGAUCAUCUUGGCUGCUGGGUCCGUGUUCUUYCCGGGCCUUUUCCUUCUGUCCAAACAAUGCCUGAAGUCCAUCCCGGCGCUGAGAUGGAGCGAAGGAGAUGCGGUCAUUGUAUCAGCCAGGUUGGUGUCGUCAAUUCAGGCGGUCAUGGCUUCGUCAGCAGGAUACAUCAUCGCUUCUUCCUGUGAGGACAUCAUUGAGGACCAGCACUGGCUGACCAGCACUUACAUCAUGUUUGCCGUUCCCUACUUCGUGUACGACAUCUACGCAAUGUUCAUGUGCUACUGGUACAAGCUGCGGGUCAAAGGGCACGAGGAGGCCUCGGCCGCCCCCCAGCGCAUGAGCUCGGCCCUGACCAGCUACCUGCGCCGCGAGUUCCUCAUGGUGCUGCACCACGUCGUCAUGGUCGCCGUCUGCUUCCCCGUGUCUGUGUUUUGGCGGCAAGGCAAGGGGGAUUAUUUCCAGGGCAUAAUGUUCAUGGCUGAGCUCAGCACCCCGUCUGUCUGCUUAGGAAAAAUACUCAUUCAGUACAAACAGCAACACACUCUGCUGCACAAAGUGAAUGGGGCUCUUAUGCUGAUCACAUUUUUCAUCUUUCGAGUCCUACUCUUCCCUUACCUCUACUACAAAUAUGGAAGGUACGCAUCGAUCCCCUUCCUCAUGGUUCCCUUCACGGUGCCGUGGCACUGUAACCUCGGCGCCGCUCUGCUCAUGGCGCCCCAGCUCUACUGGUUCUCGCUCAUCUGCAGGGGCGCGCUGCGACUGUUCACGGGCGCCUCCCGCUCCCAGAGGCCGCCCGCCGCCGCCACCCCCACCGCCAAGGAGCAGACGGACGGCAGCGCGCCGCCGCAGCCCGCCAACGGCUACAGCAGCCGCUCCACAGAGCCCGAGCUGACCACUCACUGAGACGAGUGGCGGGGAGGGGAGGGGAGGGGGGAGGAGGAGGGCGAAUGUAUCAAAAAGUGUGUAAAAAGGGAAAGCGGGACUUUAAAAAAAAAAACGACAAACAAGUUCAGACGAUGACCUCAGAUUGUGCUGAAGUGUUUGUAGCCGGACGAACAACUGAACGGCUGCACUGACCUCAGCUUCUUAGUUUGUAGGAACCAAACGGAGUGUUAGGGGCGCCCAGUAUUACGAUGUCAUCAGGCACUGUGAAAGAUAGGAACAUGCACUGACCUGAGAGGAACUUGCCUGGAUUUUUAGCGAGCAUAGAUGGCUAUUUCCCUCACGUAGAUCAAAUACAGUCCUCUCUGCCUCAUAGUAUAGGGAGCGCUGGAAAAUAGGAAUGUAUUAUAUUGUAUGUUAGUACGUUUGCUGUAGAUGAAAGGCCUGAUUCAGUUUAGUAGGAAAAAAAUACCUUCAACAACAAAAAAAAAAAG